CGCGCGCCUGUCGCCUUGACGACCGAAGCAAGAUGGAUGGGCUGGAGGGCGGCCUGCUGGGGCCGGACCCUGGGGCCCUGAGCCCGGAGCAGAUCGAGGAGCUUCGGAAAAUCAAGAUCCAGACUCGGAUUGCAAAUGAAAAGUACCUAAGGACCCAUAAAGAAGUGGAGUUGCUCCUAAAUGGCUUCUUCAGACAGAUGUUUCUGCAAAGACCUGGCAACAUCCUAGAAUUUGCUGCAGACUAUUUCACGGAUCCAAGACUUCCCAACAAGAUUCACACGCAGCUAAUUAAAGACAAGAAAGCAACUUAAUUAGCAAAAUCCUGACGCUCAGCUGUUGGGAGAGACCAGCCAGAACGAGCCUCUGGGGUCACCUGACAGCCCGAGAGCCCUGUUGCUGUUGCUGUGGGUUUUC